GAGACUAACAGCCAUUUCACCUCAAACUCUCUUAAAGCAGCAAAACCCUUUCGCAGCGGAACACAACCUCUCAAACACCCGGAGACAGUUUCAGGUGAGUGUGUGUCAGGAUGGCCCGUACGAAGCAAACUGCGCGUAAGUCGACUGGAGGAAAAGCUCCUCGUAAGCAGCUGGCGACUAAAGCGGCCCGUAAGAGCGCCCCGUCCACCGGAGGAGUGAAGAAGCCCCAUCGCUACAGGCCCGGUACCGUGGCUCUGCGUGAGAUCCGCCGCUACCAGAAGUCCACGGAGCUGCUGAUCCGCAAACUCCCGUUCCAGCGUCUGGUGCGAGAGAUCGCGCAGGACUUCAAGACCGACUUACGCUUCCAGAGCGCCGCCAUCGGAGCGCUGCAGGAGGCCAGCGAGGCGUAUCUGGUGGGUCUGUUUGAGGACACUAACCUGUGUGCCAUCCAUGCCAAGCGUGUGACCAUCAUGCCCAAAGACAUCCAGCUGGCACGCCGCAUCCGUGGAGAACGAGCCUAAACCUUCAUCUGUGUGUGUGUGUUCACGUGGCUCUGACUGAAGGACUCGAGGCACUAAAUCACUGGGUUUCGUGAAGUCAGGUCUGAAUAAAGUCGGUGCAGGACUCGUUUCGGGUGCUUAUUAUUUUCUUUCAUGUGUGAUUCCAGUGAUGCAUUAUGGGAUAGAUUGUGUCCCAGUCAUCCUCUUCACACACACACACACUGAAUCUUGUGUUAUUGAUGAGCGUAUGUAGCAACAGACUAGCUAUUUUAUACCAUUUGAUGUACUUCUUCAUGAGUUGUUUAGUGCGAUGUUUAGGCAGACACUCACUCAGGAUUUUUCUACACCCUUUCAUGGUUUUUAUCACGAAGUGAUCGAUUGUGUUUUCUUUGUUUUUGUACGUCUAAGAAGCAAAUCUUUGUACGACACAAAUAAUAAAUUGGUGUUGAACUGUU